AUGUCUUCUACCUAUGACCUGAUCAUUGUCGGCUCCGGUUUCGCCGGGUGCAUGACGGCGCUCAACUUCCUCGAAACAGCCAAGAGACUCAACAAGCCCGCUCGCGUGGCUCUUAUCGAAGCCGGGAAGAAGGGAGAGCGCUGCGGAGCCUCCCGAUGGACUGGGGCGUACUUGCGCCUCGAUAAGAACCUGAAUUUUGACGAGGACUGGAUGCAGGAAAUGAUCCAGGUUAGCAAUGGCCAGGCGGACCUGGAGUAUUGCCGGAAGCUUGCACAGGAAGCAAAGACGACGGCGGAGUAUGUGGAGGACCAUGGAGUUAACUUUAUCAGACAUAAAGAGGAGAAUGUCUUGCUUGAGUUCAAGACAGACCAGCAUUUUGUCAUGCCAGAUGGUGGAGGCUGGGCCAUUAUCAAGGCUCUCAUGAAGCACAUCGAGCAGUAUGAUAACUGUGAUGUCCACUGGGAGACUGAAGCCCGCUCGCUCUUGUCUGAUAAACAAGGACGUAUCAACGGAGUGGAAGUCCGCAGAUCGACGGGAUUAUUGGAAAGGCUUUAUUCUCAAGACGUGAUGCUUGCAAGUGGCGGCUUCGAAGGGAACCGUGAAAUGCUUGCAAAGUAUGUCGGCCCAAAAACCCACGAGCUACAGCUGAUAGCCCCCGGCCUGAAAUACAAUCGAGGCCAGGGUCUGCGAAUGGCUCUAGACAUGGGUGCCGACGUUGCUGGCUCGUUUGAUGCCAUUCACUCGGAGCUGGUUGAUACUCGCGCCACGAAGCCAGAUGCGGUGAUAUGGGGCCAUAACUAUGGAAUAGUGAUGAAUGAGAACUGCGAGCGGUUCUACGAUGAAGGGAAACGCCAUCUCUUUGCAACAUUCGAGAUGAUUGCUUUGGAGCUUUGGCGGGAUCACAAUAAUAAGGGCUAUUUCGUCACUGACUCUACCGUGAUGAACCGGUUUCGACCAGGCUGGGUUUAUGAAAGUACUGACCAAGAGCCUGUUCAAGCCCAGUCUCUUCCAGAGCUUGCAAAGAAACUCGGCGCAGACCCUGAUAAGUUUGAACACACUAUUACAGAGUUCAAUGCUGCCUGUAAUGACAAGGAGUAUGACCUGAUGAAGCUGGACGGCAAAGCAACCACCGGCCUCAAAGUCAACAAGACGAACUGGGCCAACCCCUUGGACUCCGCACCUUACUACGCAUUCCCAAUCACUACUCAACUCACGUUCACUUUUGGCGGCAUCAAGGUCAAUACAGAGUCCCAAGUCCUAGCCACCAAUGGAGCCCCCAUCCCGGGCCUGUGGGCUGCCGGAGAACUGACCGGUCUUUACUACAACGAAUACCCUCCUGCCACCUCUGUUCUGCGCUCGUUGACCUUUGGUCGCCUGGCGGGAGCUGCCCUUGCGAAAAGACUGAACGGCUCUGAGCGCUCAUCUCUUUAA